GUAUUUGCCUUUGAUUACUGCUUUUGGUCUAUGGAUGAAUCAAACACUGCAAAAUAUGCAGGUCAAGAAGUAGUAUUCAAGUGCCUUGGAGAAGGAAUUCUUGAGAAGGCCUUUCAGGGAUAUAAUGCUUGCAUUUUUGCCUAUGGACAAACAGGCUCAGGAAAAUCCUUCUCAAUGAUGGGCAACACGGAACAGCUGGGUCUGAUUCCACGACUCUGCUGUGCUUUAUUUCAGAGAAUUACUUUAGAAGAAAAUGACUCUCACACUUUUAAAGUUGAAGUGUCUUAUAUGGAAAUUUAUAAUGAGAAAGUCAGAGAUUUACUGGACCCUAAAGGGAGUCGACAGUCCCUCAAAGUUCGUGAACACAAAGUAUUGGGUCCAUAUGUAGAUGGUUUGUCUCAGCUAGCUGUUACGAGCUUUGAGGAUAUUGAGUCAUUGAUGUCAGAAGGGAACAAGUCCCGAACAGUUGCAGCAACCAACAUGAAUGAGGAAAGCAGCCGUUCCCAUGCUGUAUUUAAUAUUAUAGUAACUCAGACACUUUAUGACCUGCAGUCUGGUAACUCAGGGGAGAAAGUGAGUAAAGUCAGUCUGGUAGAUUUGGCUGGAAGCGAAAGAGUAUCUAAAACAGGAGCAGCGGGAGAACGUCUGAAAGAAGGCAGCAAUAUAAACAAGUCACUCUCAACACUAGGUUUGGUUAUUUCAUCACUUGCAGACCAAGCAGCAGGAAAAGGGAAAACCAAGUUUGUGCCUUACAGAGACUCUGUACUCACCUGGCUUCUCAAGGACAACUUGGGAGGAAAUAGCCAAACAGCCAUGAUAGCUACAAUCAGUCCAGCUGCUGAUAAUUAUGAAGAGACACUCUCUACUCUGAGAUAUGCAGACAGAGCCAAAAGGAUAGUUAAUCAUGCUAUAGUAAAUGAAGAUCCAAAUGCCAGAGUCAUCAGAGAACUGCGUGAAGAAGUAGAAAAGCUUAAAGAACAACUUUCUCAAGCUGAGGCUAUGAAGGCACCAGAGCUAAAAGAAAAAUUGGAGGAAUCUGAGAAACUGAUAAAAGAACUGACUGUCACUUGGGAGGAGAAGCUUAGGAAAACAGAAGAAAUCGCGCAGGAGAGACAAAGGCAGCUAGAAAGCAUGGGUAUUUCCCUUGAAUCUUCUGGCAUCAAAGUUGGGGAAGAUAAAUGCUAUCUGGUGAAUCUAAAUGCAGACCCUGCACUCAAUGAAUUGCUGGUUUAUUAUUUAAAGGAUCACACCAGGGUUGGCGCAGAUACAUCUCAGGAUAUACAGCUGUUCGGAAUAGGUAUCCAAGCAGAACAUUGUGUGAUAGAUAUUACAACAGAUGGGGAAGUUUCGCUCUCACCAAAAGAAAAUGCAAGAUCUUGUGUAAAUGGUACACUGGUAUGUUCUACGACACAGCUGUGGCACGGAGACAGAAUCUUAUGGGGAAACAACCACUUUUUCAGAAUCAAUUUACCUAAACGAAAGCGACGAGAUUGGUUGAGAGAAUCAGAAAAAGAAACGCUUUUAGCAGAACACGAUCUGGAUGCUGCUAGUGAAGCUUCUUCAGAACCGGACUAUAACUAUGAAUUUGCACAAAUGGAAGUUAUAAUGAAAACACUGAACAGUGAUGAUCCAGUACAAAAUGUUGUCCAGGUCUUAGAGAAACAGUACUUGGAAGAGAAGAGGAGUGCUUUGGAGGAACAGCGGAUGAUGUAUGAACGUGAAUUGGAGCAACUCCGACAGCAGCUCUCACCCGAAAGGCGGUUUCAGGAUUGCACUGACAGGCUUUCAGACACUAUGCAGACUGCUCGGCAGAAAGUGAACCUCUGGUCAGAAGAAAGGGAUGAGUUAUUUCGACAGAGCCUAGCUAAAUUAAGAGAGCAGAUAGUUAAAGCUAAUACACUAGUGAGGGAAGCAAACUUCUUAGCAGAAGAAAUGAGCAAACUAACAGAUUAUCAAGUGACCCUGCAGAUCCCUGCUGCUAAUCUGAGUGCUAACAGGAAGAGAGGGGUGAUAGUAAGUGAACCAGCUAUUCAAGUCAGAAGGAAAGGAAAAAGCACUCAGGUCUGGAGUAUUGAGAAGCUGGAGAAUAAGCUAAUUGACAUGAGAGAUCUGUAUCAAGAAUGGAAGGGGAGAGUCCAUGAGGUGAAGAGACACGCUGGCAAAAAAGGUGACCCUUUCUAUGAAGCACAAGAAAACCACAAUUUAAUUGGUGUCGCAAAUGUCUUCUUGGAGUGCCUUUUCUGUGAUGUUAAACUUCAGUAUGCAGUGCCAAUAAUUAGCCAGCAGGGGGAGGUUGCAGGACGUCUGCACAUCGAAGUGAUGCGUGUCACUGGUGCUGUUCCUGAGCGUGUGGCAGAAGACGACUCUUCUGAAAACUCCAGUGAAAGUGGAAGCCUUGAGAUCAUGGACAACAAUGGAGAGAUUAUUCACAGGCCUAAAAAACUCAUCUGCAGGGUAAAAAUUAAAGAGGCAACGGGUCUACCAUUGAAUCUCUCAAACUUUGUGUUCUGUCAAUAUACCUUCUGGGAUCAAUGUGAGCCAACUGUUGCAGCACCAGUUGUAGAUCCAGAUGUGCCUUCACCUCAAAGCAAGGAGGCCCAGUUUACAGUCAUUUUCUCACAUUGUAAGGAGUACACAGUAAACGUAACAGAAGAAUUUCUGGAGUUCAUGGCAGAUGGAGCACUUGCUAUUGAAGUAUGGGGUCACCGCUGUGCUGGAAAUGGCAGUUCUGUAUGGGAGGUGGAUUCUCUUCAUGCAAAAACCAGGUCCUUGAGAGACAGGUGGAAUGAAGUAACACGGAGAAUUGAAAUGUGGGUUUCAAUUCAAGAACUGAAUGAAAUGGGGGAUUAUGCAGCUGUGGAACUCCACCAGGCAAAGGAUGUAAAUACAGGAGGAAUUUUCCAGCUUAGACAGGGCCAUUCUCGUAGAGUUCAGGUGACAGUCAGCCCAGUGCAGCAUUCAGGAACACUGCCGCUUAUGGUGGAAGCCAUUCUCUCAAUUUCUAUUGGUUGUGUGACUGCCAGGUCAACCAAAUUACAGAGGGGCUUGGACAGUUACCAGAGAGAUGAUGAUGAUGAUGGUGAUAUGGAUAGUUAUCAGGAAGAAGACUUAAAUUGUGUGAGAGAGAGGUGGUCUGAGGCACUAAUAAAACGGAGAGAAUACUUAGAUGAGCAGAUUAAGAAAAUCAGCAGUAAACAAGUAAAAACGGAUGAUGAUGAUGAAAGAGAAGCACGGCUUGUAGAACAAUGGGUGGGGCUAACAGAAGAGAGGAAUGCUGUGCUUGUCCCAGCACCAGACAGUGGGAUUCCAGGUGCACCUGCCAAUUGGAUCCCACCUUCUGGAAUGGAAACACACAUACCUGUCCUUUUCCUUGAUUUGAAUGCUGAUGACCUCAGCGCCAACGAACAGCUUGUAGGUCCACAUGCAUCAGGAGUUAAUUCAAUACUACCAAAGGAGCAUGGAAGUCAAUUCUUUUAUCUGCCAAUCAUAAAACACAGUAAUGAUGAGGUUUCAGCCACUGCUGCCUGGGAUUCAUCUGUGCACGAUUCAGUGCACUUGAAUAGGGUAACACCCCAAAAUGAGAGAAUCUACUUAAUAGUAAAGAUCACAGUCCAGCUGAGCCAUCCCGCUGCAAUGGAAUUGGUGUUACGUAAAAGGAUUGCUGCUAAUAUUUACAAUAAACAGAGUUUUACCCAGAGUCUGAAAAGAAGAAUAUCAUUGAAGAAUAUAUGUUAUGCUUGUGGUGUGACCUAUGAAAUAGUGUCAAAUAUACCAAAGGCUACAGAAGAAACUGAGGACCGAGAGACCUUGGCGCUGAUGGCAGCCAAGAGUGAAAACGAGGGUACAUCUGAUGGUGAAACUUACAUAGAGAAGUAUACACGCGGAGUAUUGCAUGUAGAAAAUAUUUUGAGUCUUGAACGACUAAGACAGGCUGUCGCAGUCAAAGAAGCUUUGUCUACCAAGGCUCGACACAUACGGAGGAGUGUCAGCACACCAAAUGUUCACAGUGUAUCUUCUAGCCGCUUAGAUCUUUCUGGCUGUGAUGAAGAUAAGGAUUGGUCAGAAGGCCAGCUAGAUAUAUUAGAUUGCUCCACCAGUUAUCAAGAUGUAGCGUGUUAUGGUACUUUACCCAGGGAUUCACCAAGACGAAGUAAAGAUGCUGGUGGUACUGUAUUGGAGAAUCCACAGGCAUCAAUCAUCAGUCCAUUUAAAGCAUUUUCUCCGCAGCCACCCAAGUUUUUCAAACCUUUAAUGCCAGUAAGAGAAGAGAACAAAAAACCCUCUCUUGAAACUCGGCCUCUACUUAGCAAAGAGAGCAUGCUGUCAUCUCAGGUAUAUAACAUUGGCUGUGUUGUGCCCUCAGGAAGUAAUACCAGUAGCAUGCCAGUAGAACACAAUAGCAUACACGUGAAGAAGAUUGACUCGGAAGAAGAAGAUGAGUUGGAGGCCAUUAACAAGAAACCUUAUGUGCCCGAGGAGUUUGCUGAUUUCAGUGUUUAUAAUGCUAGCCUGGAAAGCAGGGAAUGGUUAUCCUCUAAAGGAGACUUAGUAAAUUCUCGGAUCCUUGAGAAAGAGGUAUCCCGUAGCCCCACCACUAGCAGUAUUACUAGUGGCUACUUUUCUCAUAGUGCCUCAAAUGCUACUUUGUCUGAUAUGCUAGUUUCCUGCAAUGAUAGCACAGACCAACUAGCUAAUCAGAUUAGAGAUUUGGACUCUAGUGACCAUUCUGUGGCUCAUCUCUCCCAUGAUUUAAGACCUUCAAACAAAGAUGCUUUGGAGCCAGAAAGGGGCUGCUCUAAAGAUAAGAGAGCCAUGUCACCGCUCAAAGGAAACAAUGCCUUGGCAAGCGAGAUUCCCGUGUCCGAAAGUACCACCAGUGUAGAUGCCACGAAGUUACAAAGUUCAGCUGAGGAUUUUUCAGAUAAUAAAAACUCAGAACAUGGAAUUGAAUUUGCAGCUCGAGAAGUAACAGUUGAGCACACUUCAAAUGUUUUUGAGGAUUAUGCUUUCACAGAAUUCAUGGGUGUUGAAGAUGGAAAGGAACUCGAAUGUUCAGGAGCACUACAGUUCUGUUCUGGUGGAUCUUCUAACAGAAGAAAAAAGCUUUCAGCAGCUAAAAUGAACUGUGCCACAGGUUCCUCAAAAAAGAACUGCAACAAGGACAAACCAAUGAGUCAACUGGAGCCUACACAAGUGGCAUGCCAGCAAGCAAGCAGUACUGAAAACCCUGUGUUGGCUGUCAUAGUAAAAAAGGAUUCAUGUUGUCAGGCACAUGCAGAUUCUUUCCUAGCAAAUGACUUCACUGGAAAAAAUAAUCUGGAUAUCUCUGAUUGUGAAGAUGCUACUUCUGAAGAGUACCCUAACUGGGUGGCAGUGGGGGAACACGUGUGUAUUGGAAACAGUAAAUCUGGCAUAGUGAGAUAUAUUGGGCCGGUGGAUUUUUCAACUGGUACUUGGGUUGGCAUUGAAUUGCAUUUCCAGAUGGGGAAACAUGACGGCACUGUAAAAGGUAGAGAGUAUUUCCGUUGCAAGCCACGACAUGGGGUAUUUGUUCGUCCUGGAUGUCUCACUAAAGUACCAGUUGCCACAACGGUAUACAGCGGCACUUCACAGUCUCAGGUAUUCUCCUCCAGUAUGGAGACGUGGAGGAAUUCAGUUCAAGGGUCACACUCUUCCAAAGCAGGAGCAGCAGCCCUCUGUCCUUCAGGAGAUGCAGCAGCUUCUGCUUUUUCAAGAAAACAGGAGAUCAGAAAAUCUUGGAUCAACUAAAGCUGCAAUUUUGUUAUUGCACUUGCUGCACACGUCACUUGUGUGGAAACAUUUUUACUCUGAAGUGACUGGUAUAGUUUUAAUCUGUCCUUAUUGAAUGUUUGGAUCCUGGACAUAAUUUUCCAGUUCUUGUUUUUAUAAAUAAUAUAUAUGUAUGUAAAAUGGCUGUAUCCUUUGUCUGCCAAAAGGCAAACAUGACUGUACACUAAAUUACAACUAGUUUGUAGAUACUUUGAGGUACUUGACUGUUUGUUACUCCACAAAUUAGAUCAUAUUUUAAAUGAAAUAUUUUAUUGUGUGGGAAGGCUGUGCAUAUGUGUCCAAGGGGAAACCGACAACGUGCUGUUAAUUACCAAAGAACACACUUGCUGUUUAUCUUGUGUUUUAUUUUACAUGUUUGUUUAGGCUGAUGGGCUCGGGGCCAUACUUUUAGGCAUUAACACCAGGCACCAGGUGCCACCUUAUACCCUGUGUUUUAGUAAGCACACUGAAGAGAUUGCGGUUGUUUUUUGUUUUUGUUUUCUUUUUUGGUCUUCCUGUGGGCCUGCCACUGUGCUGACUUCUUGACAUGUACUGAAAAAUAUUAACAAUGCCUAAAGCUUGUAUGUGUGGUGUUUCACGUGCUAAUACAGGCCAACCAAGAGAUCUGAAUGCAGAUACAGUAUUAUCGUACAGAAGGUGGACAAAAUUUUCAACAAAUGGCUUCUUUAAAAACAGGGAGGGAGGAACAGAGCAGCAGCAGUGGAUCACAGCUAUAAACCUAUUCACUGUUUGUUGCUGACUGAGUCCAAACUGAAACAGAAUGUCCUGAGCUGAUAUUAAUGUGGAAAGUUCAGUUUUUUAUCUGUGGAUUUGACAUGAUGCUUUUGAGUCCUUGCCAAGCUAUUCCAUGUGUAGAUGAUGUCUUGGAUAUUUAUAAAGUAGUAAAUGGGAAUGGGAAGGUAUGUAUGGCCUGCCAUAUUUUUUAUUUCUUGGAAAGUGAUUGAGAUAGUGGGACCUUACAGAAAAGCUGCUGUUCU